CCAAACCACGGGCAUGUCCAAAACAUGGUCCAAAACAACACACCAUAUAUUUUCAUGCAUGUGAUGAUAAACCUGCAGUAAGCAGACCAUGGAGCACGAGGAGCGGCUGCGCUCGAGCCUGUUCCUCCUGACGUACGUGCUGCUGAAGCGGCGCAGGGACGUGUCCAGCGCAGAGAGCCAGAGGCGCACCGAGGUCCAGAGGCGCAUCAGGCAGAGGCAGUACUUUCUGCAGCGACAGCGGAGGAUGCUCAUGAUGAUGGUGGCAGGAGGGAUCCGCUCCAGUCUCCGCAUCCGCACCCGCCCCUGGUCCACAACCCCGCGCACUGACUGGUGGGAGCGCGUCGUGAUGACUGAAUUCCAGCCUUCCGAUUGGCUGGAUAAGUUCCGAAUGAGCAGAGAGACCUUCUUCUACCUGUGUGACAAACUCCGGCCCCGUCUAACCCGGCAGGACACCACAUUCCGCAUGGCUUUACCUGUAGAAAAACGUGUGGCUGUGUCUUUAUGGAGACUAGCCACAAACAUCGAAUACCGAACCAUCAGCAAUCUGUUUGGAGUGGGCAAAUCGACUGCAUGCAAGUGUGUAAGGGAUGUUUGUCAUUCCAUAGUGGCUCUUCUCAGUUCGGAGUACAUGCAAACACCGAGCGAGCAGGAGCUGGAAGAGUCUGCCCAGAUCUUCUUAUCCGAAAGCUCAUUCCCGCACUGUGUGGCUGCCGUGGCAACGCUCCACACCUCCAUCAUGACCCCAUCGCAAAACACCUCGGACUAUGCUAACCCCGCGGGCUGGCUGUCAGUGCUUUCUCAGGUGGCUGUGAGCGGCCGAGGGCACUUCUGGGAUGUCUGUGCCAGUUUUCCAGGUGGGACUGAUCCAGCAGAAAUCCUCCAGAACUCCUCAUUGUGGGCCAUGGCGGAGGAGGGUGGCUUCUCUUCAAAUUCAGCACCUACUUUUAUGGGAACACCCCUCAAAUAUGUCAUGGUGGGUGAACCCUGCUACCCUCUCCGGACCUGGCUCAUCACCUCCUUCCACGAGCCGAAGAGGAGCAGGCGAUCCCAGACUUCUCCUCUGUCCCACGCCCAACGGAAACUCAACCAGCACGUCCAGGGAGCUCUGCGGGUUUCCGAGGAGGCUCUGCUGAAGCUGAGGGGCCGCUGGCAGUGUCUGAGCAAGAGGAACGACUGCGGGCUGGAUGUCCUACCCACCAUGGUGCUGGCCUGCUGCAUACUGCACAACAUCUGCGAAACUCACCAGGACAUGUUCAAAAGUGAGUGGAGAGAGGAGGUGGCUGAAAUCGAGUACUCACAGCCCCGCCCACAGCACAAGCCACACCCCUCGUCCACCCCGGAUCAGAGCACGGAGGCAGAGGAGAUACGAUUGCUCUUUUGUGAUUUUUUUGAACAGCAAGAGCAAUGAGGAAAGUUAGCUACGUUGUAAAGGUGACUAUUGGCUGUGUUUUAGAUGACAUCCCAGUAGGGCUGAACGAUUUUAAGAAAAAAUUGUAUUGCGAUUUUUCUGGCAGAUAUUGUGAUUUCGAUUUCAUCCACAAUUUCAAAUCAAGUUUUAGUGCACAUGAACAUUUGCAAACACCACAAACUUCUAUUGCGUUGGAGAGGGUUCAUGUCAAACUUUACACAAACGGCAGGUUUAAAUCCUCACCUCCUCGCAUUGUGGUGGUAAAUUACUUCACGGUGCAAGGCCUCAACGCAGACCCAUAAAUCAAAAACAACGGUGUCAAGGCAAUGGAGGCAGUGUGCAUUGAGUCGACGCAGAACUAAACUUCACCCUUAAAACUGGGCUUUAGGAGGACUGCAAAAAACGCGGCUUUGAUGCUACAAAAAUUGUGCAAUUUUCGGUCCAAAAUUAUAAAUCGUUCAGCCCUACAUUUCAGCAUUUUAUAGGCCAUUAAUAUUUAAAGAUCCUAUGUUAUGGAGAAAGGACUCGCUUUUAGAAUUUGUUAACUCUUAAAACCAUUCCCAAAUUUGUGUGUCUUCAUCUCCAAAGCUCAAAAUGCUCCGUUCCACCUUAAAAUGUCAGGAUGUACCAGUAGUAAUUUUCAUAUUAACAGCUACAUUUUGUGUUUUGUUCAGUAGAGGCUGCAAUUCCAAAGCUUUUGAAAUUAUUAUGAUUUUAGUGAAGGUGUAUGGAGUUUAAAAACAGAGUUGAGCACUUCUGCAGGAUUUGUGUGUUAAACGUGUAAAUUAAACAAAACACAUCUCCAGGUAUGUUUUUGAUGAGGAAGCAACAUAACAUUACGUAAUAUGAGUCAGUUUAAUACAGAUGGGGGCAACAAAAAUGAAUAUUGUUAAAUGCACAACAAGUUCUUGAGGCAAGUCAAUAAUAGAAAUGUUCAGGUUUGUGAAUUGUGUUAUUAAUUGGGGAAUCUGUCUUUUGGUUGUAGGAUAUCAUCACAUUCUACAAUCUGAAAACAUCCAGUGGGCUGAUUCUGCUCAAAAAUGUUUGUAAUUACACUUGAAAUUUGUUUUUAAAUCUUUAUCCUAAUUGUAUAUAAUAACUUUUACACAGUACAAUAGCCAAAAACUACAAACAAAUAAAACUGAGCAAACCAGAAAAAGAUAAUUAAUGGCGUAACGGAAUAUAAAAGUGCAUACUACUACUAAUAAUAAUACAUUUUAUUUAUAUAGCGCUUUUCUAAACACUCAAAGACGCUGAGAUACUGCAGACAAAAUAAAGGUUCUUCUUCCAAUAAGAGCUUUCAAAAAACACUUGUCCCUGAUCCUUUGAUAAUAAGUCCAAGAUGUUUAGACAAAUAGUUUAUAAGGAGCUUCCAUGUAUUUGUAAUGUAUCUGUAAACAUCUCAUCUUUUCCACUGGCAGCACUCUAAAAAAUCUCACUCUGCCACUGUGUCCUUAAUCCAUUUAUUUAGUAUACAUAGCCAAGCGAAGGAAAGAAACCUUUAUUUAACUAUUUAGUGUCUGGGUCUAUAUUGUAAACUAAUUGUCCUGCAUUCUUACAAAUUUUAUAUUUCAAAAUUAAAUCGGUAUUUCAUUCACAAUGCAUGUUUUGAACACCUCCAAGACUAUUUAUAUUUGGGAGAAGAUUGAAAUGAACUUCUUAACAAUACAGAAAUCACAUACAUGUCAAAAUUUUGAAGCAUUAGUAGCCUAAACUAUAGAGUUACCACCUCUUUUUUUUCAUAAUACAGGUACAGGAUAAUUUAUUUAUUUAUUUAUUUAAAACAAGGACAGUGCACAGAAAUCAUUCAUCUCAAACAGAAAAGAUGCUCUGUGCCAGAUUGAGCUACAAGAUACUUUCCAUCUGCAGACCUUUGGCUUUGUUUGCAGAGGACUCUAUAUUACCUAAACAGCUGUAGCCCCUUUGAAUUUCAAAUUACGAUUUUCAGUUUUUAAAUGUGUGUAUAUUUUUGCAUUUUUGUGUAUUGUUUUUGCAUUGUACUUUUAGAAUUUCUUGCACUAGACUUUGUUAUAAUGCACAGUUUUAGAAUAACAGUUUCAGAAUUUAGAGUUGAGUUUUGUAAUUUUGACAAAAGAACUUAAAAAAAUAGUUCAUAAAUCAGCAACAGUAAUAAGCAAUAAACAAUUCAUCCAUCUCUCAUUGUCCAUAGACCUUAGUGCUUUCUUUCUACCUUAUCACCACAAGAUGCCGCUAGUCCUCAUUCUAUCUGUAACUAGGGUACAGAA